AUGAGUAGCAGUAACAAGGCUGGAAUCGGUAUCGGUGAAGUCAGCAGCGCUUCUGUCAUCCUCCAUCGCGGCGCGGGAGUCCAACAGCAUGAGGGCAACCAGCAGUACAUCAAACUCGUCGAGGACAACCUUCAGGAGUACAUUGGAACCAAAUCAGUUUCCACUAAAGACAAUGUUCGAAAGAAAAUCUUUGAUGACAUUACGAGCCGUGGAGCUGAUGCCGUUGCUUCUGGCGCAUCCUUGACGUCCUCCACCAAAAUCGUCAUUGAAAAAAAAGAACAUCCAGACGGGUGGGACUGGGAACUCAAGUCUGUUACCUAUCAAAAGGAACACUACAACGACACUCAAAAUAUCAAGACUUUUCUUCUCGUAGCAACCAUUUUCAAAGAGAUUGCGAGUCUCCCAGGCGACAUUCUCAAGCUCCACUUUCUCCAGUUCAACCUUUCUGUCCCAUACAUCAAGACACGACUGCUUCGAGCGGAGAACAUUCGUCACCAUUGUCCUACUCUUGCCAUGGUGAUUAAUGCCUUGGAUACGCGGGAUAUAGACUGCUACUUUCAGUUUUACACUGGCAAGUGGACAGAGAAGUUAUACUUGACUUCCAUUCACCAAGAUGGAGGUGAUGCGCAUAGUCGGCUAUGGCGCAUUUUGUUCCGCGUCUUUGGGGCCACCACUUUCUUCACCAGCGAACGGCGACAGGAUGCGUUCUACCGAGCUACUUGUGAUAUGCCUCGUGCAACCGUGGCAACCAAGAAAGCCUUUUGCGGAGUCCUUGAGGACAUGUCCAAAAAUCGGAGUUCAUCACGCGGCUGA